CCUCUCUCACCCUCUCACUCCUCCAUCACCACACAGAGCCCGUUUUGUUUCCAAUCCUCAACUCACAAGCAUGGGUUGUGGAUCUUCGCGGUCUCUUCCUCCCGCAAUCCCGCCCUCGUCACCAUCCCCCGUGCGUGAGGCGUCUCCUAGCGGCCUCCAAUCGUCUUUUUUCCUCCGAGUCCGAUUCAGCAACAACUAUGACCGGCACACAUACACCAUCCACCCAGACCCCAAGUCACCGCUCUGCUCGCUCUCGCCGGGGAUGUCGUCGGCCACUUGCGACGACACACCAAUCGACACCUAUGCCUUUAUCUUUUCACGCGGUCGCAUCUCGCCCCGGUGCGACACACCGGUCAUCUCGGUCAACGGUCUCGUCUCGGCCAUGCAGAUCAAGUUCGACGAUCUAGCCAUCACCGAAGACACCGAAUGGGUGGUUCAGGACGGCAAUUCGUACUCGGUCGUCGUCAUCUCGUCGGUGACCGGCAUCCGUGCCUCGGUUACGCACGCCUGGCGUCUGCGCGUCAAUGGUACUGAGACCGAGUUCUCGCACGCCGCCCACUCUGACCUACAACCCGGCGAUGUCAUCGAUCUCGAGUAUGUCCGUCGCACAAACCUCGCCUAUACGCGCACCCUCAACGCCCCGGGCUCAAGCCUGGACUUCUCGGACAACAAGUCCAGCAUCGAUUUUCUUCUCAAGUCAUCCGCAAACCACACGUCGUCCAGCACUGGAAGCGGCGAUGACUCGGAAGACUCCCGCCCCAUCUCGGACUACUCCCGCGUCACAACCCGCCUAUCAUCCCAGCGCAAAGCGAGCGGUGGCUUUAUUGUCUAUCGCACUGUCAGCGCGGACUCGUUGGUCUCCCUCUCGUAGUCAUAACCACCACUCUGCUCUCAUCGGCAA